AUGCCAGCGCUGUGUCGAAGCGCAGCAGCAUACGAUUCGCUGCCUCGAGGGCAGCGCAAGGCCAAUGCUGCCAUCCACCGCCUUCGAGCCAGUCAGGGCUCAUCCCGACCAUCCACUUCCUCCGAAUUCGGCGGCGCGGUUACAGGCGCAAAUGUCGAAGAGACACCGCAAAUGAUAGCUUCUGCCAGGCCUUGGCAGAAUCCCAACUUGGCUGGACCUAGUAGACAGCCGGUGGGCAAAGGGAAUGGUCUGCUGAAUCGGAGAGCGGCAAAGGCUGGUGUGGUGCUGCCACUCGCCUCCAGCGGCUCAGGGGAUGCAGAGCGGAUGAGCAGCAGACUACAGACGGGGACAGGUAGGCGGAUGGAAGAGGUUGCGGAUGCGGAUGCGGAUGCGGAUGCUGGAUGGGCAACGGACGAAGCGCCGAGUGCGCCAGGAAGCCCAAAGAAGCAGAGCAGCAGGAACAGGUUCGUAGGCGCAGGGGCAGGGGCAGGCGUGGGCAUCAGCGGGCCUGUAAGCAAUGCAAAGUCGGGAAAGCAACUGAGCGCGGGUGUUGCUGCCGCUGUGCAACACAGCGGAUCGCCUGUGCCGGCGAGGAAGCGCGUGGUGGAUAAGCGGCAGAUUGGAUUGCCGAGCAACUUUCAGGUGAGCAGUGACGAGCUCAGUGGCUUUGGUGGUGACGAGCUCGGUGGCUUUGGGAGUGACAUUGCUGGUCGUCGAAUGCUGCUGCCAUGACGUCGGGCGACUGACACGCGCGCAUGAUACACGCUCACCGGCGCAGCAUACAGGCCACAUUGGAGCCGCUUCAUACGGCCAGGCAGUGUCUCAGGUGGAUGCGGCUCAGCUCAAAGCUCAGCUGUCUGAAGUCGCCGCAGCGCUGUCCAACUUCGACCUGCCUCCCUUGCCAGAGUCUCACACUGCAGCGCCACCAUCAACCGCGCCACCAACGUCGAGCGUUUCUGCCACACCCCCGCCCGCUCCAGCAGAGUUGAGGGGUGUGUCAGCACCCGACUCGCCCGAGAUGGAGCCUCUGCGGGGGGACAAGAGUCCCCUCAUCCCUGCCGACUUUGCACCGGUCUUGGAGAGUGCGACAGCAACGCCGGACACGUCGGUCAGUCUGGACGCCGCAGAUACAUCUGCUCCUUCCAUCCGCUUGGUAUCGCGCUCUUCGGCUUUGACCUCACCGCCAGCAGAGACAUCGUCACCCGAGCAGCUCUCCCGCCGCAUACCGCCUUUGCAAGAAAGACCCUCUGUACACGUCGCCUCUAUUCGACGUAGGCCAGUGCCGUCGACCAUGGGACCAUCUCAGGUGCGAGCGAGUUCGGGAAGGGGUUCGAUCGGUCGACCGUACGCUGCGCUUGGUCAAGGCAGCGGCGCACCUUCGACUGCAAUAGCUCAAGCAGGCACAUUUCGGGCUCCUAGCACGGGAGGCUUUGGACGGACAAAGAGGAAACCGGUCCCACGCGGCUUGGCGGGCAUCUUGGCCGAUCCUCUUGCCGAAACGUCACAUGGCGACGGUGCGACUGGGAGGGAACAGGAUCUUCCGCCGCAGCCCAACAGCGUCAAGGCGACGACUGCCGACGAUGGGUUCGUCGAUGUGGACGAGGAUGUGGCGCUGAGCUCUGCUGGAACAGGGCUGGAGCGCAACGUGAGCCUAGUGGGCGCCUUGCCUAGCGGUCUGAACGGCAGAGGCUACGUAGCCGGCGGCAAGGGUAGCUGGAGCAAACGAUCGGGCGGAGGUGCGGGUGCGGGUGCGGGCGCUGGAGCUUACGGUUCGGUGAGAGGAUCGGUGCGCAUGUCCGCCUUGGAAAGGGCCAAGUUGGCAGCGAUGAAGCUGGAAGCUGCUCAGAGGUUGGUGGCCGAGGGCGCGGGCACUGCGGAGCCGGACGACCCAUCUCUGUUGCGCUCCAAGAGCGGUCGACGAAGCGAUGCGGCGGCGGCGAAUUUGAACGACGCGAGCGCCAGCGCCAAUGCCAGCGCAACAUCUGCAGCCGCUGCUGCAUCUAUCCGCAUGAAUGGCAAGAGGAUGGUGCAGGGACCUUCGGGCACUUAUAUCACGGACACGGCGAAUCUGAGGUGGAACAGCGCGCUUAGCGAGAUCACUAGGGCGCUCAAGGAUGGAGACGAAGGAGGGGCAGCAGAGACUGCUGAGAGGGAAGGGGAGAGCAUAGAGGAUGCUAUGCGACGUGCGGAUCUGGUGCUGGGACGUCUGGGAGUAGAGCAGUAG